UUCGCAGAAACCCAACCUCCUGCAUCACUCACAUCUCUACCUUGUUACCUCGCCUUACAUUAUUUACCAAAGCGUUUGCCUUGAGGACCAGCAUUUGCAAAGUUGCCUUAAAAAAGUUAUUUUGUUUGAUAAUUAAGUCCUGGAGCCCACCGCGUGAUGAUUAUUCUGGACCCAUAAGGCAGAGAACCUGCGUGACGUUUUUCUCGAAGUUUAAUUACCGUAUGCUAAUUUCCUUGCCUACUACGUGAUUAAUUAAAAUCAUAUUUUCAUAAUCAUUUGGCACUAGUAUUGUUUUAGAAUUAUCAUGAUCUCCUAAAUAGUGUCUGUAAAUAAAGUCGCCUCUAAUGGCAGGCGCGGGAGGCGAGGCUGAGGACCUCUUCGUGUUUGUAUCGCGGCGAUUGGCAACAUAACUGCCUUAUUUACAUUAAAUACGCCACAAGGUUACAGCGCGGAUCAACGUCAUUUGAUCGCUGAUGACUCCCUUAAACGCCCGGGCUGUGACUGAUUCUCCGCGUCCCGCUGUCCACCGAGAUUCACCCGGGAGUUUUUUUUUUUUUUUUUUUUUUUUUCCCCCAGAAAAGAAACAGACUUUAAAUAGUUUCAGGAGCAGGUAAGAAUUAAGCUUUUUCCUCUCCCCCUCUCCGUCUCUCUCUCCUCUCCCUCUGUGGCAAUCUCUCUCUCCCUCUCGGCUGGAUAAAAAAUUCUUUAGUCAAAGGCAGGAAUGCAAAGUAGUGACAAGCGAAGGGGCUGAUAUAUGUCUCAGUAACGAGUCUGACAAUCAGAAUGUAGCUCUUGGAGAAUAGAUAGAUUUUAAUAAGUGUGUUUACAUGAGCUCAAGGUCAGAAGCAAGCUGCGCUGUGUUAAAUGGUUUCUUAGUUGCUAGACAGAGAGAAAAAAUGGACGAUCACACACCAUUCUUUGUAGAUUAUUAUAUCAAGGGUUCAGUCUCUGGCUCAUCAAAGCUAAAUGCCGCAAGACCUAUCUAGUUGCUGUGAAUUAUGCCAGGGCGACAAUGGAGAGCGUUUUUAAUGGUACAAUGCAUUUCACCUACCAGAUAGGGGGAGGCCAAGCCGGGGAUGGGGAUGUCUGCUGGGGCUGGGUGAUGAGUAUCAAUGAACGGGGCGAUGCUGAAAAGAGGCAGAUGAAAAUCGAGCCCGCCCUGCCCCGGCUGGGCUGGGAACAGUUCACAGGGCUCUGCCGAGUGGGCGAGCGAGGCGCGCGAGCAGGGCGCCCGUCCCCCCUCAGCCCCGGAAAAUGAUCAAGUCAAUCAUGUGGACAUGUUUCAUUAUUCAUUGAACACAAUCUUUUACAACGCUCCGUUUACGUGCCCGAGUUUGCUCCCGACGCCCGCGUUUCAAUGUUUAAGGAGAGAGGACCCUGAGGCCACACGACACCCCAGAGCCUGGGCCGGCUGCAGAUUCCUGGUUUGGAUGCACUGAAUGCGGCCCUGGCCACUGAACAGUUCCUGCCCACCACGGCUUUAAGAAUACCCUUCAGCCAGGAGGGAGCUCCGUUGCUUUAAGACUUGCCUGGGAACUGGGACGCCCCUCUGGCGAUCUGUCAGUGCCUGGAUCAGCCACAUCCUUUCUGGGGUGUUUUCUCACGAGACUGACAGUCCUUAAGACAAGUAUGCCGUUAAGCUGCUAAGGGAUGGAAGAAGCCAGUCUGUGCCUUGGAGUGUCCUCGGCGGCACCGGAAGCUGAGCCCCACCUGAGCGGCCCUGUCCUCAACGGCCAGUAUGCCAUGAGUCAGAAGUUGCACCAGAUCACCUCCCAGCUCAGCCAUGCCUUCCCCGAGCUGCAUCCGCGGCCCAACCCGGAGGAGAAGGCCCCCGCGCCCCUCGACGAGAAGGCCCACGUGCCCAUGACCGGCCAGCCCAUGGGCAGCCAGAUGGCGCUCCUGGCCAGCCAGCUGGGCCGGGACGUCGACACCAGCCUCAACGGGCGGGUGGACCUGCAGCAGUUCCUCAACGGGCAGAACCUGGGCAUCAUGUCCCAGAUGAGCGACAUCGAGGACGACGCCCGCAAAAACCGCAAGUACCCGUGUCCCCUGUGCGGCAAGCGUUUCCGCUUCAACAGCAUCCUCUCCCUGCACAUGCGCACUCACACCGGCGAGAAGCCCUUCAAGUGCCCCUACUGCGACCACCGGGCGGCGCAGAAGGGCAACCUCAAGAUUCACCUGCGGACCCACAAGCUGGGCAACCUGGGUAAGGGGCGCGGGCGGGUGCGCGAGGAGAACCGCCUGCUGCACGAGCUGGAGGAGAGGGCCAUCCUGCGGGACAAGCAGAUGAAGAGCAGCCUGCUGCAGCCGCGGCCCGACCUGAAGCCCCUGCCGCACGCCCAGCAGGCCCCGCCGGCCCCCUGCAACCUGGCCCUGCCCGCCAACCACAGCGUGCCCGACGUGGCCCACCCGGUGCCCUCGCCCAAGCCCGCCAGCGUGCAGGAGGACGCGGUGGUCCCGGCCGCCGGCUUCCGCUGCACCUUCUGCAAGGGCAAGUUCAAGAAGCGCGAGGAGCUGGACCGCCACAUCCGCAUCCUGCACAAGCCCUACAAGUGCACGCUGUGCGACUUCGCGGCCUCGCAGGAGGAGGAGCUCAUCAGCCACGUGGAGAAGGCCCACAUCACCGCCGAGUCGGCCCAGGGCCAGGGCCCCAACGGCGGUGGCGAGCAGUCGGCCAACGAGUUCCGCUGCGAGGUGUGCGGGCAGGUGUUCAGCCAGGCGUGGUUCCUGAAGGGCCACAUGCGGAAACACAAGGACUCCUUCGAGCACUGCUGCCAGAUCUGCGGCCGGCGCUUCAAGGAGCCCUGGUUCCUUAAGAACCACAUGAAGGUCCACCUCAACAAGCUGUCGGUGAAGAACAAGUCCCCCAGUGACCCCGAGGUGCCCGUGCCCAUGGGCGGCAUGUCCCAGGAGGCCCACGCCAACCUGUACUCCCGGUACCUCUCCUGUCUGCAGGGCGGCUUCGUGGCCCCGGACAAAGCCAGCCUGAGCGAGCCCAGCCAGCUCUACGGCAAAGGGGAGCUGCCCGUGAAGGAGAGGGAGGUCCUGGGGAAGCUGCUGUCCCCCAUCUCCAGCGUGGCCCACGGGGUCCCCGAGGGCGACAAGCACUCCCUCCUGGGAUGCCUCAACCUCGUGCCGCCGCUGAAAUCCAGCUGCAUCGAGCGGUUGCAGGCGGCUGCCAAGGCUGCCGAGAUGGACCCCGUGAACAGCUACCAGGCUUGGCAGCUCAUGGCCAGGGGCAUGGCCAUGGAACACGGCUUCUUGUCUAAAGAGCAUCAGCUACAGCGCAACCACGAAGACACUUUGGCAAGCGCCGGAGUUAUGUUUGAUAAGGAGAAGCGGGAGUACGUGUUAGUGGGAGCAGAUGGCUCCAAGCAGAAAAUGCCUGCUGAUUUGGUUCACAGCACUAAAGUGGGCAAUCAGAGGGACCUGCCAAAUAAGCUCGACCCUUUAGAAGGCAGUCGGGAUUUUUUGUCACACGGGCUGAACCCGGCGCUCGACUAUAACCUGCAGGGUCCCGGGAGCAUGAAGGAGAAGCCCACCGAGUGCCCCGACUGCGGCCGGGUGUUCCGCACCUACCACCAGGUGGUCGUGCACUCCCGCGUCCACAAGCGGGACCGCAAGGGUGACGAGGACGGGCUGCACGUGGGCCUGGACGAGCGGCGCGGCUCGGGCAGUGACCAGGAGUCCCAGUCGGUGAGCCGCUCUACCACGCCGGGCUCCUCCAACGUCACCGAGGAGAGUGGGGCCGGCGGGGGGCUCUCCCAGACCGGGAGUGCCCAGGAGGACAGCCCGCACCCCUCCUCGCCGUCCUCCUCAGACCUCGGCGAGGAGGCUGGGAGGGCCGCCGGCGUCCAGCAGCCCGCACUGCUUCGCGACAGGAGCCUGGGCUCGGCCAUGAAGGACUGCCCGUACUGUGGGAAAACCUUCCGGACAUCCCAUCACCUAAAGGUCCACCUGCGGAUACACACAGGUGAGAAGCCCUACAAAUGCCCCCACUGUGAUUAUGCCGGCACCCAGUCAGCAUCCUUAAAAUACCACUUAGAACGACACCACCGGGAGCGGCAGAACGGAGCCGGGCCACUGUCUGGACAGCCCCCAAACCAAGACCACAGGGACGAGCUGCCCAACAAAGCUGCUUUGUUUAUCAGGCCAGACAUCCUGAGGGGGGCCUUUAAGGGUCUCCCCGGAAUCGACUUCAGAGGUGGCCCUGCCUCUCAGCAGUGGACAGCGGGAGUGCUCUCGUCCGCAGAUCACUCGGGGCAGGCCACCGGCAUGACUUCCGAGGCUCCUUCGGACACCCUGAAAGGUGCCGACCUUCCUUCCAAAAGCACCCACUUCUCCGAAAUCGGAAGAGCUUAUCAAAGUAUCGUGAACAACGGCGUGAAUUUCCACGGGUCCUUGCAAGCUUUCAUGGACAGCUUUGUCCUAAGCUCCUUGAAGAAGGAGAAGGACACGAAGGACAAAGCCCUGUCUGACCCCCCGUCCAUGAAAGUGCACGGGCCGGAUGGUGGUGAGGACAAGGCGGGCGGUAAGGCGGUCGCGAGGAAGUCGGAGAAAUCUCAGUACGAGCCCCUAGACUUGUCGGUGCGGCCGGACGCCGCCUCGCUCCCAGGCUCGUCGGUGACCGUGCAAGACAGCAUCGCGUGGCAUGGCUGCUUGUUUUGUGCUUUCACGACAUCGUCUAUGGAGCUGAUGGCUCUUCAUCUGCAGGCCAACCACCUGGGCAAAGCGAAACGCAAAGAUAACGCCGUCGGGGUGACCCUCAAUUGCAAAGACCAAGCCCGGGAGGCCGGUAAGGUGGCCCUGCUGCCCUCGGUACAAUCAAACAAAGAGCUGGCGCUUUCCAGUGUGAUCGGGCCUCUAGAGUCUGCUUCCGAGAAGACGGCCCAAGGGCCGGUCAAGGAGACUCUGGGGGAGCAGAAGAGCGGCACGUGGCCCGGCCUGGUGGACCCCGCGUUUUGUAACUUCCCAUCAGACUUCUACAAGCAGUUUGGCGUGUACCCGGGCAUGGUCGGCUCGGGGGCCUCCAGUUCCUGCCCCAACAAGGAGCCCGAUGGGAAGGCCCACUCGGAAGAUGACGCCCCGAUCCUGAUCCCCGAAACCGCAAACAAGAAUACUACCGACGACCUCUCCGACAUUGCCUCCUCGGAGGACAUGGACUCCUCCAAGGGAGAGAACAACGACGAGGAGGAUAUCGAGACGGAGCCGGAGAUGAUGAGCAAGCCACAGUCCGCCCUCGGCAAGGACAGCGCCGGCGACGGUGGGGAUGGCCUGCCGCCCACAGGCGCCCCUCAGCCCGUCCAGGGACUCGUGUCACCGUUGCCCCAGGCGCCCGAGAAGCAGUGGCACGGCCCGGGCCUUCUUCCAGCCCAGGACCCCUCGGCGGGCCUGCCCAAGCCGGAGCGGGGGCCCCCGGGCCUGGAGAAGCCGAUGAACAUGCUGUCGGUCCUCAGGGCCUACAGUUCUGAUGGCUUAGCAGCCUUUAACGGCCUGGCAAGUAGCACAGCAAAUUCUGGAUGUAUCAAGAGGCCAGACUUGUGUGGUAAGUUUUAGAAUCGUCUUCCUUCAGUUCAUUUCCCAAAACAUCAGUGCUGAAUUGUGCAUUUUUAAAAAAUGAGGUAGACUCCUCCGUGAGCACAUGUGUGAACUAACCGCCCCGACAAUGCUGUAUAUGCAGUGUAGACAAUCACGAGAGUCCGUUUCAUUUCGAAGGUUUAGAACUCACGCUUUUGUGUCCCGGUUUGCACCCCAGUGAUCGGAGAUGCCCGUCCAGAAGGCGUGGAGGGGGGGGUGGUGGGGUCUCCCCGUGCGAACUGCUCCUGUUUUUAAUCUGUAACUUGAGGGGGAACAUAUUUUUAAGAACGGAAACACAGACAACAAGACAUGGUAACUUGCAAACCCUUCAGUAUUUUCAACUUCUGCGUAAGAUGGCUGAAGACAGUUCCUUCCUUACUGCUUUGCUAAGCCAGACCUGCUUUCGUAAACUUUUCUUUACAUUGACUUAGAGGCUACUAAAACUCGUAUCACACUAACCACAAUGUAGAAAUAAAGUGAUCCUCUCUCCACCCAGGGCGAUUGUUUUGGGGUGUUUGUGACUCCUCUGUAGACAUUCUGAACGGCAGUGACUUGUGACCUGGGCCUUCCAUUAUUGCCUUCUGUCCCUUUGUAUCUUCACCUGUCUGUCUGAUGUUCUAACAAGCAAUGUACGUUGUGAAAUCCCUGGUUAGCAGUGUUGUGAUCCUGUGUAUCUUGGACUUAUGCCUGCCUGAUCUUGUUAGCAAAUUGGCACUUCUUUACCUCCUGAAAGAAUAUGGUUACCCCCAAGUAAUUCCAGGUCUUAAAGACGUAAUAAUAAAUUUGGAGCCUAGAAUUGGAUCAAAUGAAUGUCAGGGUGGGCAGGGAGGAUCAAAGACAUUCUCCUGGCACCCAGAUAUUCCUCGCUGAAAGCCUCUCUCUGAAUAGGAGCUCAGUGUAUUGUAUCUAGUCCCAUGUAGCCUUGCCAGAGACAAAUGAUUGUGGUACCUUUCCACGUUUAAUCUGUGAAUGGAUUUCUGUGACUCUACUGCACCUGUUGAAAAGAGGAAAGGAGAGAAGGAAGAAAAGGGAGGGAGGAAGGAAGGAAGGAAGGAAGGGAGGAAGGGAGGAAAGAUGGAUAAUGGAAGGGGUUAUUUCUCAACCUCCCAAUUCUGAUGUUGCUUUGAGCACACAGCAGAAUUCAGGAAGCUGGACUGGGUGCACAAUUUAAAUUGAUAUAUUUCUUUUACCCUCUCCUUCCCUAAUUCACCGAGAACUGGAUCAAGCAGUCAGAAAUAUUUUUUUGAAUUGUCAAAAAUCACUAAAUGGAUUUCUGACAGUUCAAAACAAUAUUGACGGUUCCUGGCGCUGAAUGAUUCACAAGGCCCCAUUAACCAGUACCCCCCGAUCUAUUUUUAUCCACAUAUAAUUCAUUGCGUGUGAAGCUGUUAAAAACAAUAUUUAAAAGAAGGAGAAAGGGGUUUUAUGUCAGUCCAAUUUUUUUUUCUUUUUUUCUGGGGGAGCGAUGUUUAAGUCUUCUUUUUUUUUUUUUUCAUUGUUGUUUUAAGUUUGUGACUUUUCUUCCUUUAUUGUUGUUUGGUAUUUUUUUCUUUAAGUCUAUUUUCAGCUCUUUCAAAUACCUAUGUAGGACCGUAGUUCCUGCCAGGAAUCCAUGCAUCAGAAAAGAUCAAAACCUGGCAUGUUCAUAAGCUCAUUCUUCUUGAAAUGAGCUCGUAUUACCCCUAUUAAUUUUCCCGUCUUCCUAUCAAUGCUGAAGGAAGGCUGCCUGCCUUGGAGGAGCUCGCCCACUGGUGUCCUGCACAGUGAGGGUGGAGGGGAGGCAGCGUCAGUGGGCCUGGUGUCUCAUGAGCCCUUGUCCUCUAAAUGGAGCACUUCUCACCUCCUCCCAAACAGCAGCCCACAGCACUCCCCUGACAGCUCCAGGGUAUGUGCAAAACACUUUGCUUAGUUCACUUUCAGCCCUUGCGCCACAGAUCCUGGGGUCUAAGUUGUGGCUCCUCUCUCAAAACGGGAACGGAGACCCUCGGGCCAGCCAGGCAAGAAAACAACAGACAUCCUGGUUGCCUCUCCAGGUCAGGGUCUGGGUCUUAGCUCUACCCUGCACUCAUGGUAAGAUGCCAGAAUGAACUCUGGCCACAAACUGCCUAUUUUUAGAGAGCACAGGUUCUGCAUUUCCUUGGGCCUCAUUUCUUCUGUGUCCUCUCACUCGAGCUUGGAAGCAGCCGGGAAGGCCCUCCCUGGGCCCUUGUGUUUGCUUGGGGUGGGCCGGAGGCACUGUCCCUUUUCCUCCAGGUGGGGCCUGCCCCUGCCCUGUCUUCACUCCCCACUCCCAUCUCUGGCCCUCCAUAAUCAAAAUCUUCUUAUUUUGAUUUAUUUUCUUACUGGCUGCUAUGUGUCCCAGAGCCCAGGGGGUUGGGGAUGGGGGGCCGAGGUAGGCAUAUUCAUCCUUUCUACCAGUUGGUAUCUGGGAGGAAAACUGGAGCCUCGCUGGUUACAGAAUGGGCAUUUGGGGGCAUCUCUCUCACGGUCCAGCUCACUGUCUCUCUAGUAUUGCAAGGAGCACAAAUGAUGGUUGAAAACUUCCAACCCUUAUUGGCUUGACUUUGCAAGAGUGGAAAUGAUAUUGGCAUCAGGAAAUCAAAUAUUCCUGACGUUUCUUCCCUCUUCUCUGCUCCACUCAAAGUGGAUAUGGAUUUCCAAAUGGGACCACCAGCUUGAUAUCUGGUUUCCUCAAGAAGCUGGGCUUUGCCAAACCAAAGAAUUAUUCUGGUAUUCCUCAUCUCAGGAGAGUUUGGGGUCUGACGGUUGUCUAGUUAGUAAACCCAAUUCCCCACUUCGAUGCCCCCAGAAACAGGCUUGUAGGAGGAGCUAAUGUCCGUCUGUGUCUAUUCUCAUGGGAUGUGAAAGUGUUUGAAGAAGCAUCAGUCAAAAUCUUGUUCAGAUCACACAGACUCCCCACGGAGCUCAGCAGCAACUCUGACACAUGCUGGCGAGUUGGAGGCGGUGGCAUCUAACCCUAAAGUCUGUGGGCGACUCUCAUGCUGUAGGCUGUACUUCUAAGUGCUUCCCUAUCUCUGCAUGCCUGCUUCCUAACUGCUCAAACUCUGGUCUUCCAUUGCGUGGCUUCACGGACCUAGGUUCCUGGCCAGUGAGCACUGCCCGUGCCUGGCCAGUGCACUUCUGUCUCGGGUUCAGAAGAGAGAGAUGAGGAGGGGGGCCAACCCAGCCCAUUGGGUAGGAGACUCCUGUAGCACGUGCCAUGGUUGAGAGCCUGUGCCUGAAAUUUCUAAAGGUCCUUCCAUAGAGAAUAGAGCAUUUGCCUGUCAAAGCUCUAUUACAGAAGAUCCCGAGAAGGAGCCAUCUUGGAUUAAGCUGGAGGAUAUGGACUGUUGGCUCUAGAGUAGGUCAGAUCCCACUAUGGACCUGAUUUCGUUGGGUGAAAUCCCACUCCAAUUAAAGCUUCCAUUUCUUGAGGUGUCUUUCAGACUCCAGGCAUAGCCCACAUUUCUUUAUUCUGCUGAAGAAACAUGGCGUACAGGGUCAUUCAGGGUCAUUAGAGAACCUGGAUGUGCCCUGGAGUUUGUUGGAAUGGAUUUGACCUUGGUCCUGCAAUGGGACAGGAGCCACAUGAGUAUUUAAUUAGGGAGUAAGGGCAGGCCGGAGCCGUGCUCACAUCCACUGAUAGGACAAGGUUGGGCAAUCCCCUUGUCCAGGCUGAAACACUUGGAUGAACUGUUGAGUCAGCCAGCAGCGCGAAGGUCAGACAGCAUGGACGGCAUGGGCUUCUGUGUGCCCCAGACGGCACAAAGGCCGGUCUGCACAGCACCUGCAGGGCUGGCUGCAUGGCAGGGUUACAGAGCACAUUGAACCCCAGUUUGUAGAUUUGGAAAGCAACCCACAGAUCACCCUUACUCUUUGCCUUUCAAACCUGAGACAGAUGGCUGGAGGUCAUCGUGUGUUGAGUCCGGCAAGCAGGGUUUGCUCGGUGGCUUUUGGUGAGCCCAGAGGCAAGGCUGAUGGGCAGCAUUAAAGGGAAAGGCAGCAAGAAGGACGACACACUUUGUCCCCCGAAGCUCUGGAGUUACCACCACGCAGGGAAGCGAGGCUGAACGAGGAGACUCCACCAGCGUGUCUGUCAUGGGCAUGAGGCCUUGCACAGUGGCUUCUGGACAGAGGCACCCACCAGGCCCCAGGAGAAGCUAUUGGGAAGGCAGGGUCAUUAGCAACAGAGGCCCCAGUAGUCCUAACUUGUUAUUCUCAGGUUGUAGGGGAACUGGUUUCCUAACCCAAAUUAUGCUUGAGACCGAAGGUUCCCUGGGCUCCCGCAGCAGUGAGAGAAUCGGGACCCCUCCUUAAAAAAAGAACGCAGGGUCCAUCGAAACCUCUUCCCAUCAUCCAUGCUAACAUGUGUGAUGAAAUGAACUAGGACAUCUGAGCUGAACGCUGUUAAAAUGGGACUUCCGUCCUCCACAAACCUCGCUGAUUUCCAGUGUCGGCAGUCUGAAAAUAUUCACUACUUACCAGCUACACAGUCUAAAGCAGCGGUUGGCUGCUACUUUCUUAAGGGGCCCGAGAGGAAAUACAUUAGGAUUGCAGGCAGUGUGGUCUCUGUCACGCCCACCCCACCAUGCCCUGCAGUGCAGGAGGAGGAGCCACAAAUGAUCAUUAAACAACUAGGUGUAAGGAAGAAGGUGCUGCUGUGUCGUCCCUAGAGAAGACACACAGGAACCCGUCUGCUGUUGCCUCGAGGGCCAGUGAGAUGAUGCAGGGAAGGCCCAGGUUAGUGCCUGCGGGGCUCCACCUACUGCCACUCGAGACAAAGCCAGAGACACCAGAGACUUUCCUGAGAGAGAGAGGCUUUGUAGACCCCGAUGGCCUGGUGUACCUGUUCCCAGAAGGUCACGUCUCUGCCUAUGCACAGAGACUUGCAGGAGAAGACUCCUCUGUGCCUCAUGGAGGUCCCAGAGUCUCCCCGGUCAUGGCCAGUGUAGGCAGAGGAGGAAGGGACAGGAGCUUGGCUCUGAAGGGAGCUUGCUCCAUGGAAGCUUCAGUUCCCUCAGUGAUGGGCAGAAAUGGAAGGAUGAAACAAGACGAUGGAUGUAGAAGAGGUUGGAUAAAUGGUUCUCAAUCGAGUUGGUAUUUUAUAGCGGAAGUGAAUGUCUACGUGGGGCUGUCGUGACAGAGUGGUGCCAACGUCCAGAUGACUUUUGGCUGCAGUCUCCCUUUGCCAUGAAGCAAAUACAAAUCUCACUUCCCAUCAAGGUUUAAGAGAUACGUUUUGCUUCCUCACGUCUGCCACGACAGGUCAUGGAUAGCAAGGAGAUUCUCCUGGUGACCUUGUGAUGCCUGUUGCAGUGGCCCCACCCUUUCAAUUUCUACCCAAUUAUCUUCCUUCCUGUGAGACGGCAGGUGCUUGGCAUAGGGAGUAGGUCCCUCCUCCUCAGCGUUUGACCAAACUUUGGCUAAAGUCUGUGGUCAGAGAUUUCCAAGGGGGCUUGGCUGGAGUGUGUGGAAACACCGUGAGAGCUCCCCAUGUGUGUGUAUGCGUGCAUGCACAUGCAUGUGUGUGAAGACACCCAAGCAUAGGCAACAGGUGCACGGCCCAGGGUUUUUGGUCUUAUGGAUGAUUCUAAGAUUGAAGGGGUGGCCUAGCAGCCAGCAGUUUCCUAUAAAGGAAGGAGGUUAAAAUUAGGCAAAUGGCACAGGAAGAGAACCACAAAAUCGAAAUCCGCCAAGCGUAUAGGAGCCCAUGUUCAGCCAACACCAAGAAGGGCCGUUAGCCUAGAAGAUCCUGGGCAUCUCCACUGUAGGGCCUUGUUGUCUCUGAAGCUGCCAUGCUUUAUUUAAAGCCAGAUGAGCAAUCAUUCCUCCUUCUUCUCUUCUUUAUGAGCUGAUUCUAAAAUGGAUUGGCUUGCAGAGACUGUCGAUAAAGCACAACUUUACACUUGCUUUCUCUGCCUGAUUUUAUCAUUUACGGAUUGGUCGUUGGCUUCCAGAGUCCAGCCUGCUCCCAGGAACAGUGUGUGUCCAGGGGCUGAUGUUAGACCCCAGUAGGGAGGACCAUUUGGCUUGUGCUGAAGUCCAAGGGCACAUCCUUCUUAAGUUAGUGCAGAGCAGUACUCCAUGCUGCCCACUCUGCUCCUGCUGGCUGCCCCCACACCAGCCACAGAACCUGUCCCUCAGAUUCUGGCGGGACACAGGGGAGGUGCUGUCCCCUGGGAUCUCCUGCAGAAACCGGCACCCACGGAUGGGCUCUCCCCUUCCCUCGUCCAAAGCCUCACUGUGUGCACUGUCUUGACGAAAAGGCAGCCUCUUUGGAUGGCAGCCUCUGCAAACUCUCUGGGCAUUCUCUUCCUCCUCCCCCCCCCCCCUCUUUGUAGAUUAAAUGGGAAUGCCACUGACGUGAUGUCGUUUGCACUGCAGGAUGACAGAACUGUUGUGUGAAUACCAUUGUAUUUGCCAAAUGGUCCACUCGUCAUUUCAGAACAAACAAAUGGAUGGUGUCUGUAAGUCGGCAAACACUGGUGACAUUUAGCCUUGUUUAUGUUCCUUUCCUUUUGCUGCAUAUUUUUGGCUCCAAAAGCUACUGUCUGAAUCAACAGUGCCUCCGAAGCAGGAGAAAAGUCUGGUAGCUUUCACCUUGGUUUCUGUGUGCGUAUUCUUUUUCGAUUGCUCGAUACCUACUGCCCAGGACCCAGCCUAGGGUGAGAGAAGACAGCAACCGAGCUCUUGGUUCAAAAAUAAUAAUAACAAUAAUACACACACACAGACUCAGGCACACGCGUACACAUCUUUUUCUCCCCAGUAAUGACUUAAGACUGGGAGGGAGGAAGAGAAAGCUGAGGGAAGAGAGCGCUGUCAGACGAGACACCCACAUCCCUGGGGACGUGCAGACUCUCCAAGCCCGCCCGCUGGCCAUUGCCGUGUGAUACGGCAACAGCGUGACCCCCUCGCUGUCUUGCGCUGAGUGCAGGUGUCCUGAGCUUAAGCUUGGCUUCUCCCUCCUUCCGCUGCUGACUCGGAGUGAUGCUUGGCAAUGACAGCCACGUAGAUACAGGCCACAUCUUAGCUAUUGAAGGAAUCAGGUUCUUUUCUUUUUUAUAUUCAGAUGUUGUGUGCAAAGCCCAGGUUUCAAAUAAGUAGUAAUUAUCUCCUAUUACUUAGCGCUGAUCAACAGCACCUCUACGCCUAAUUGCCAACCUGCUCUAAUCACGUAGCCUAUUCUUGCUUUAGCCAGAGACGGAAGGACCAAAUUUUAUAAAUAUUGCUUUAUUGUCAUUCCUCCAUUAAACAAUUAGGGAGCGUGGCCCUGUCCUUGCUUUUGAAUGCCUCUAGCCUACGUGGUUUCUGGAUUGUUUAAUGAAUCUGCACAUUUUCUUGCAGGUAAGUGACACCCCCCGUUCUAGUCGGUCUAGCUGGACUUGCCCUUGUCUGUUCGUGCUCCUCGGUGGCUAUCUGCAGCUUGUUAAUUGUGUAAAGUCAAGAGAAGAAUGUAUACACAUAUGUGUGUUGAACAAAUAAUUACUAUUGGCACAGGUAUGUGUAUACACACGACACAUCAACCCCACCACAGUAUAUAUAGCAGAGAAUCAGAGAGGUUAAAAAUAUUGCCCCAUAUGUUCCACUAUUAGUCAUGGAUCGCGAAGGCUUAGUAACUUGAACGAGAGAAAAUUCCCUCCGAGUCGUGAAUCCUGAGUGACAAAUGCUGGUGGAUUGGAGGUCCCUUCACCUGUGAAAAAUCUGACUGGGGGCCGGGGGCGGGGGCGGGGGUGGGGGGGCUCCGCUACGCCAGCUCGCCGAGCUUCCAGGGGCGGGCCCUGAGGGUCUCGUUGGCAUUCCUGCUUGUGUCUGAUUGUCCUGUAUUUUGUAACACUUUAGAAGACUCCAGAAAAGUGCAGUAAUUCUCUUUCUCCAUAGUAUUUAAGCAGUGCUAUUGCUAGUUGAAUAUUGUGUCAGGUUGUCCUAUUAACCGGGAACAGACGACAGUAAAAUCCCAGGGUACAGGCACGUUGGCAUCCAUAACUUCAAAAAUGGUGACUGAAGCAAAAAAUGUGUAAAACUUGUGCUGGGUUAUCGUGUGCUUUGGACUAGAGUAUUGUUGAAGUAAUUAGAAGAUUAUAUUAAGGUGUUCCUGGUAAUGAAGGCAUGUAAGUUAUAAUAAUUGUAGCUUUCUGAAUAAGUGUCAAACUAUAUCUUUAAGUGUGCUGUAUGCUGACUUACAAGUUAGGUCAUUUAUGAAUGGAAUGUAAAACAAUACUAAAAAUGCUUCAAUAACUUAUCUUGGUAUUGCUAAUAAAAAAAAAGCUGUGAAACAUUA